AUGGCUGCGAUGCCACCCGACGCAUCUUUGCCGCGGGCCGUGGACUGCGCGACACGGUAUGCUCACAUGGAGCUCGUCGAGUGGCUGCUUGCGCGGACGAAAGGCACGUCGGCGACGGUCGACUACGCGGCCAUGAUCGGCCACGUGGGGCUGCUCACGAUCCUCCUCACCGGGCUCGUGCUCUCGCACCUGCACACGCACACGUCGCUCAGCCCAAGUCUUCGCGCGAUCGACAGCGAACGGCCACUUGCAUACUGUCCGCUUCCUUGA